CUGAGACACACACAACACUUCAUGUGCCGCACAGAGCUGCUGCUGCUGCUGCUGCUGCUGCUGCUUGAGGCUGAAUCAAUACCUACUAAUAUCUACAGCAGCAGAUUGUGUAUAGCAGCUGUCAUGACGAAACCUCGUGGGUUCGAGUUUUGGAGAAGCACUCUGAAGUGUGCACGGUACGUGGUCGCGCCCAUGGUGGACCAGAGCGAGCUCGCCUGGAGGCUGUUGAGUCGCAGACAUGGCGCAGAGCUCUGCUACACUCCCAUGCUGCACGCACAGGUGUUCGUCAGAGAUGCAAACUACCGCCGUGAGAACCUGUUUAACGAAGUAAGCCAAGAAGACCGACCCCUCAUCACACAGUUCUGUGCCAAUGAUCCUGAGGUGUUUAUCCAGGCAGCUCUGCUCGCCCAGGAUUACUGUGAUGCCAUUGAUCUGAAUUUGGGCUGCCCCCAGAUGAUUGCAAAAAGAGGCCAUUAUGGUGUAUUUCUUCAAGACGAAUGGGACCUUCUUGAGAAAAUGAUUAAAUUGGCUGAUGAAAAACUCUCUGUGCCCAUCACUUGCAAAAUCCGGGUCUUCCCAGAGAUUGAGAAAACAGUAAAGUAUGCCAAAAUGCUGGAAAAGGCCGGAUGCCAGCUCCUCACAGUCCAUGGGAGAACCAAGGAUCAAAAGGGGGCUUUGACUGGUAUUGCAAGCUGGAAGCACAUCAAAGCUGUACAGGAGGCUGUAAACAUUCCUGUUUUUGCCAAUGGAAACAUCCAGCACUUGAGUGAUGUACAGCGCUGCAUGGAGGAGACUGGAGUACAAGGGGUUAUGAGUGCAGAGGGGAAUCUGCACAAUCCUUCCCUGUUUGAGGGAUGUAAUCCACCUGUGUGGGAGAUGGCUGAGGAGUACCUGGAGGUGGUACAGAAACAUCCACCCUGCAGUCUGUCUUAUGUCCGUGCCCACCUCUUCAAACUAUGGCACCACACGCUACAGAUACAUCAAGACCUGAGGGAGGAGUUAGCCAAAGCAAAAAACAUAGCUGGAAUAACAGAAGUUAACAGACAGCUCAAACAUCGCUGUCAGGAGGAGAUGGCUAAAGAUGAGUCUGAAUGGAAUCAAACUGGACUACCCUUCCCGCACUGGAUCUGUCAACCCUACGUCAGACCAGCACCUAAGGAUCCAAGCACUGAAAAUGGGCAGAAAGCACAAGAGACGAAAGCUGUGAGUGUGAAGAGGCCACUAGAAGACGAUGGUUCAAAUGACUCUCUAUCCAAGAAUAAACAGAAGAAGAAAGCCCGUAACCCUCACAAGAACUUCUGUCCAGAGCUGAAACCAAAAUACAUCAAGUGUGAGCAGUGUGGCAACCCCAAAGGGAAUAAAUGUGUCUUCAACUUGUGCCGUGGGUGCUGCAAGAGAAAGGCUUUCAAGGAAGUGGCUGAUUGUCCAAGUCAUGGCUUGAGAUUCAAAACCAAGGCCUUGAGACAAUGCAACUCAGACACAAGCAGUGGGCUGACAAACAGGAAACCCAGUAGUCAGAUUGAUCUUUCAUCUGCAGUCCACGAUCAGCAGCCCCUGGCAUAAAGGAUGAUUGUAUAUUAGAUCUGGGUGACAGUGGCAUCUGAAGACUUAAAUCAUUUACCACUCUGAAAGUUUGUUUGAAAUCAGUUCUCACUGCUGCGCUGAACUGAAAACUAACGAUUACAGUUGGUGCCAAACCUGGUUGCUUCUCCAUUUCUGCACAGAUGGAAUUGUGAAUGUACAUGAUACUAAAUUAACUGAAUAUUCAGAGCCUCUGUCAUACAUUACACCAGACAUUAAGUUAAAGGUACAUCUGCUAACCCUUGCAUGUUUUGGUAUGUGUUGUGAUUAUACCACUGUGCUGCUGUUACUUAUUGCUAGUUCAUCUGUUUUUCUGCAUAAGUAGAGCAAUUCUCGUUCAGUGUCUUUUAAAGGGAUAGUUCAUCUUAAAAUGAAAAUUCUCUCAUCAUUUAAUCACCAUCAUGCAAUCCUAGAUGUGACUUUUUUUUUUCUGCUAAACACAAAGAUUUCAGAAGAAUAUCUCAGCUCUGUAGGUUCAUUCAAUUGAGGUAAAUGGUGAUCAGGCCUUUGAAGCUUCAAAAAGCAGAUAAAGUCAGCAUAAAAGUAAUCCGUAUGACUCAAGUGGUUUAAUCCAGGUCUUCAGAAGUAAUCUAAUCAGUUUUGGGUGAGACUAGAACAAAAUAUAACUUUUUCACUGUACAUCUUGCCAUUGUAGUCUCAUGAUUUCAAGCUCGAUUACACUUCCUAGUGCUUAAAGCUAAGGAACGUCGCCUUGUUGUACCACCACAAAGAGACACCAAAACACUUUCCCGGACUUUCAGCUUCAUCGUACCACGUUGGUGGAACGACCUUCCCAACUCCAUCCGUAAAGCUGACUCACUCUCUGUCUUCAAAAAAAGACUUUUUAAAAACACAUCUUUUCCAUGAGCACUUAACCAGUCAUUAAAAAAAAACAAAAAAAAAAACAAUUCCUGUUGCAUUUUAUUCUGUUUUGAAUACUAUUCUGAUGCUAGUGAUACUUUGUAAUACGGCACUUUUUAUACCACUGUCUCCUUAAGAUGAUUCGCUUAUGUUUUCCUCUUUUGUAAGUCGCUUUGGAUAAAAGCAUCUGCCAAAUGAAUAAAUGUAGAUGUAAAUGUAAUGUAAAGCAUGCACAGAGCGCUAGAUGGUGAUAUAGGAAGUGUAAUCGAGCUUGAAAUAAUCAUCGCCAAGGAGACUGCUAUCAACAUAAACAGUGAAAAAGGAGUUACCUUUUGUUCUGUUCUCACCCAAAACCAACUGGAUCGCUUCAGAAGACAUUGAUUAAACCACUGGAGUCGUAUGGAUUACUUUUAUGCUGCCUUCAUGUGCUUUUUGGAGCUAUGGACCUACAGAGCGGAGAUAUUACUCUAAAAUUGUUGUUCGUGUUCAGUAGAAGAAAGUCAUGCACAUCUGGUAUGGCAUGAUGGUGAGUAAAUAAUGAGCGAAUUUUCAUUUUUGGAUGAACUAUCCCUUUAAUGAACUGCCACUAUGCACUGCUGUUGGGUGAAUACAUUCAUAUUCUAAAUGAUUUAAGAUUGCAUACUUUUACCUCCCUUUUAGCAAAUUUUGAUAAUCACUUGGAAGAAAUGAUAUUUAAAAUUAAGUUGCCACUAUAAACGCACACCCUUGUAUGGUUAUUGUUCCAGAGGAGCUGGACUUUUAUCUUGGGACUUUCUGUUUAAAUACACUGGUGGAGAUCCUAACCUAAAAGAAUAGCAGGUGCUCUAGCGGACUUAAAAUGUGUACUUUCUUACAAUAUUUAUUGUCUUCCUUAUUGAAAGAUUUGACAAUUGUAUGGUGAAGCCACAAUCAAACACCUUUUAUUUUUAAAUUUUCCAAACAACAUUAUAUAAACUCAUUUUUACUUUAUGGAUUUGUUCUGAUUACUAUCCUGGGCUGUCAAGACCACAUUGUAAUGCAGUGAUUUUUCAAUCUUACACUCAGAUCUGUGGGCAGAACAAUUACAUUAAAAAGGUUUCAGACUGAGUAAAUUUAAAGUAGAUUUAAAAGUAAAUGUAUCUAUAAAACACAAUUGUCUGAUAACAGAUGCCUACUAACAAAUUACCAGAAAUCAAAUGCCAUAGUUCUGUGUUUGCCUUUCAGCAUUUUGUUUAUCAGGAGUUAGUCUCCUAUUUGAAAAAUGUAAUCCUAUUAUAACUUUAGUUCAACAUUGUUAAUUUCAGUUGUAUUGUAUGGCAGCAUAUCAGUUCAUUUUGCCAUACUUUUUAUAAAUACUGUAUGACAUUUUGAGUCUCACUGUUACUUUUCAGUAUCAGGAUAAGCAAUGACUUCAGCUCAGUGCCUUUUUAUAAAAAUCGUGGGUCAUUCCCUCAAAAACAUUCUUAAAUGAAUCCCUUACUGCCCUAAAUGUAGUUGAGGAUGUCUAAAGAGCUGUGGUUGAUCUGUAUGGAUGGGGUUUACUGGCAACAUUGUUUCCCUCAUCAACAUCUUACAGUGGUGAUCAAGCAGGAAUGUUUGUUCAAAUACAUUUUUAUGGUUCUGAAAUUAAA